AUGCGGCCGCCGCCAGCAGGGCGCCUUGCCUGGCAGCGCCCCAUCAACCAGUCGGUGCAGCGCCGAAUCCACAUUACGCAGCAGCCGAAAACAUCGCCAACAGCCCAUGUGGCCCGACUCAGCACGCGAUCCCGGCCCACGGUGCCCUUCCUCUCGUCGACGGGGACGACGACGACGGUGACCCUCGACCGCGGCUACGCAUCGGCGGAGCGUCCGGCGGUAGCGACGUGGCUGCGGCACGAAGCCAAGCUCUUGGUCCGAUACGCCAUCAUCUCGUGGGUCGGGGCUCUCUGCAUCUUUACCAUCUACUUCUUCUACCUGGAGGAGGUGCUGGAGCGUGAGUACCCGACCCCGCAUGAGUGGGGAUGGCAGGAGCGCAAGCUGCUGCGCGACGCGCACAAGUGGACCAACCCGGAGCACAGGAACGUGUCGUGGACCAUGGCGUACCAGCUGGCGCGCAAGCUGUGCCUGGCGCUCGAGGACCCCGACAGGAGCAGCGGCCAAGGCGUCACGCGCCUGCAUGACCACGAGGACCCCAACAACGAGGUGCCGUGGGAGUUCAUCCCGCACGACGUCUCGGGCAAGAGCGAGGAGUGGCGCCGGGGCUACUUCGAAGCCAUGAUGCUGACGGCCAGGGCCGCAGGCAUCGUCGACGGAUGGCUGAAGGAGUCCAACAGCGACAGGAUGCAUGUCUGGCCUCCGCAGUUCGUCCUCGGACCCUCCAACCCCCGACCCCAGCCCAUCCCCGCAGGCAGCCCCCCCGCUCCUCGCGAGGAGGAUUGCGAGGUGGCCUUCCCGCCUGCGGACCGGUACUACCUCAAGAUCGUGGCGACGCGGGGCCUGACGCCACGUCAGAAGAUGGAGGCAGCCCUCGAGUACGCCAAUUUCGUCGACACAAAGCGUCAUCAGGUCGGCUCCGAGGCCCUGUAUAGCCUGGCACUGGCCGAAGCCACCCAGGGCAUGGACCAGACUAGGCUGCCGUACGAUCCAAAGACGUUUGUCCUCAAGGACGACCAUGGUGCCACCACCCGCACUUCAUCAUCCUCCUCCUCCCCCUCGGCUAUUUCCCAGAACGUCCUGGACGCCUUAGGUGCCCUGGCGAACCACAAAGCCCGUAGUGGUGACACGGCAGGAGCUCUGCCCAUUUACCUCUCGCUGCUCAAGGCACGCCGCUCCCUGCCUGAAACGCCACCGCCGACCUCACACCUCGGUGCAGACGAACGCCGACGCUCCCUUUACCACCGUUUCGUCCGCUUUUUCUCUCAGCCCGACUACCCCCCUCCCCAGCCCGACGGCACACAGCCUCCCUGGCGCGACGCCCAGGAGCGCUGCAUCGAAGCUUCACUCAGCCUGUACAUUGGCGAGAUCCUCUACGCCACGUCAUCGCGAGAGGACGGCAUCGCCUGGACUCGCGAGGGAGUCGACGUGGCGGAGGAGCAGCUGCGCUCCCUGUCCUCCAAGGACGCCGAUGCCUCCCCCUCCAGGUCUUCCGAGGCCGGCAACGACACCCGAGUCGCCAAGGAGCGGUGCCGCGAGUGCCUCAGGACAGGUCUAGACAACUGGUCCGUCAUGGUGGCCAGGCUGGCACGCGAGGAGAGCCAGAGGAGGGAGGAGGCCAAGAGGCAGCAGAGCCGUCCCAGCGUCCUAUCAUUCUGGGGAUCCAGCAAGGGCGACGACCCCGAGGUUGAAGGCCGUUGGUCCGCCGAGGGCGCCGUCAUAAGGGAGCGAUCUAAGAGGACGAGCGACCUGAUUGAGGAUCUCAAGCCCGGAAACGAUGGCAUCACGCGCUACGUCAAGGCUUGA